CAGAAGCACACAAUUCCGUUGGUCGACGUCUUAAGUUUCCCAGCGAAAUAAAAGGUUGUCCCUUCGUCUGCUUCUGUGAGCUUUCUCUCUGUUCCACCAUUAAUCUUUCCCCUUUUUCUCUUAUUCAAACUUUUCUUCCUCCUUCUUCUUCCUCGGGACAAAUCUUUUUGGUGCCUUUUUUUCUUUCUUUCCUCCUCCAUGAUCUUUCUCUUCUUUGUGACUUUCGCCUCCUCUGUGCUCAUUUUCAUGAAUUCUUCUCUUGUUUCGACGCAAACACCCAUUUUUGUUUCCUCUGUUUCUGCUGCGAAAGACCCCUUUUUAAAAAAAAAACAUCUUCCGUUACAGUGAAUUUUGUUGUCUAGAGAUAGACUCUGUGUCCGAAUUUAGACGUCCCCCAUCUUCAAAGAUUGGUGCUCUUCUUCUUCUUUUAAAACAAGUUUCAUCAUUUUCUCAAUAGGGAGAAAUAUACAAUCAAUUCCUUCCAAUAAGUAGAAUUUUAUCAGGUGAUUGAAGGGAUGGGAAGGGUUAAGUUGAAGAUUAAAAGACUUGAGAGCACAAGCAACAGGCAAGUUACAUACACGAAGAGAAAAAAUGGGAUUUUGAAGAAAGCCAAAGAGUUAUCGAUUUUGUGUGAUAUUGAUAUUGUCCUUCUUAUGUUUUCCCCUACCGGAAGAGCUACUGCUUUCCAUGGAGAACACAGUUGCAUUGAAGAGGUUAUUUCCAAGUUUGCGCAAUUAACUCCACAAGAAAGGACAAAAAGGAAACUGGAGAGCCUUGAAGCAUUGAAGAAAACUUUUAAGAAACUGGAUCAUGAUGUAAAUAUACAUGACUUUUUAGGAGCAAGGAAUCAAACUAUUGAGGUAUGGAUCGACCAUCUUCGGUUCAUGAAUUUUCUUGGAUACUUUUUAAUCUCUUUGAGUCAAAUUGCUAAAGUCUGUGUUAACAUUACCACACGACAGGGUCUAAGUAACCAAGUAGCCAUUUACCAAGCUCAGCUAAUGGAGUGUCAUAGGAGGUUGAGUUGUUGGACGAACAUCGAUAGAAUAGAAAACACUGAGCACCUCGAUUUAUUGGAAGAAUCAUUGAGGAAAUCCAUUGAAAGAAUCCAGAUUCACAAGGAACAUUACAGAAAGAACCAACUCUUGCCAAUAGAAUGUGCAACAACACAGUUUCACAGCGGGAUACAGUUGCCUAUGGCGAUGGGAGGUAAUAGUAGUAUGCAAGAAGCUCACUCCAUGUCUUGGCUUCCUGAUAAUGAUCACCAGCAAACAAUCUUACCUGGUGAUUCCAGUUUUCUUCCCCAUAGAGAGAUGGAUGGUUCGAUUCCCGUUUACUCAAGCUGCUUCUUUGAGUCUACGAAACCAGAAGAUCAGAUAUGCAGCAACCCGGGACAACAGUUUGAGCAGUUAGAACAACAAGGAAACGGUUGUUUGGGGUUACAACAACUUGGAGAGGAAUAUUCAUAUCCUACACCGUUUGGUACUACUUUGGGAAUGGAAGAAGAUCAAGAGAAAAAGAUAAAAUCUGAAAUGGAAUUGAACAACUUGCAACAACAGCAACAGCAACAACAACAACAACAACAACAAGAUCCUUCAAUGUAUGAUCCCAUGGCUAAUAAUAAUGGUGGCUGCUUUCAGAUUCCUCAUGAUCAGUCCAUGUUUGUCAAUGAUCAUCAUCAUCAUCAUCACCACCAUCAUCAAAAUUGGGUUCCAGAUUCAAUGUUUGGUCAGACUUCUUACAACCAGCAACCGAACUAACUCAAGACAUGGCUCAUGUAUGUAUGAUGACUGGACUUAUGUCUGACCAAGGACUAGUUUGAGCCAUUGCCUACAAUGUCUAAGAUAAAUAUAUAUAUGUAGACAGCGAGAGAGUGUGUGUACAUGUUUUUGUAUGUGUGAGCUUGUGUCAUAUACUCAGGGGAGUUUUAGGCAUUUGUGUAUAAGAGAUGUUGUCUAGGAACCGUAUAUUACCUUUAACAAGAAUGAUAAGUAUAUCAAUAUAUUAAUGUUUUUAUAGGUGUUGGCCAAUAUAUUGUUUGAGACC